AUGGUUUUUCUGAUCCAUAUGCUGUUAUCCGUAUCGCAAACAAAAAAUACGAAACCGCAAUAAUCAAAAAAAAUUUAAAUCCGAUUUGGAAUACAACUUUUGACAUUAAACUAGUUGAAACCGUAAUUCCACCUCAUAUCACUAUAACAGUAUGGGAUAAAGAUCGGUUUGGUCGAGAUUUUCUAGGCGAAGUAACGAUUCCGAUUAAGCAAAUAUUUGCAAGAAAUGCUGGUGGUUUAAAUGAUGGUCUACCUAGAACUUUUGAUGAUCCAGAAAAUAUGCCUUCUGCUUAUACUUUACAAAAACGAAAUGCAAAACAAGAUGUUAAAGGUGACAUCAUACUAAAAUUUGGUAUUGUUGAUAGUCAAAAUCGAUCGUUAGAAGAGUUGAGAUGUCUUUGGGAGACCUUAACUAGUGAUGGCGAUGGUUUUUUCGAUGGUGGUAAAUUUUCUGCAGCUCGAGCCAAAAUGGAAUCAUGGUAUAAUCCAAUCAAGUUCAACGCGGCAAAUACUGUUUAUCACGUUGAAAUGCAAAGUACUAUUGGAAUAAACAUUAAAAAAGUUUUAAGAAU